UAUAUCUUCUUCACAUCCCAGGAGAUAAUCUUCAAUUAGGAUUAUUCGUAUAACCACCACCCCCCCUGGCCUCCGCUACUCUUAUUCCUUCCGCCGUGUAUACCAAGGAUCGUACAGUGAGAACUCCCAGUCUCUCUCUAACCUAAAAACCCUGUAAACCACACCAACCUGGGUUCUUUCUCAAAAAAAAAAAUAGGUUGAACCCCAACCUGGGCUCUUUCUCAAUCCUUCUAAAACUGUAUAAAGUGAUGUUUUGAUAGAGAGCCCACAUUCAUACAAGAACGAGACACAGCGAGAGAAUAGUGGAGGAAAGAAGAAGAAGAAAUGGGAAAGUACAUAAGAAAGUCAAAGACAACAAGAGAAGUGGCGGUGAGCCAUGCCCAAUCCUCACUCGGGGUUCGGACAAGGGCUAAAACGCUAGCACUACAACGCCUAGAGAAAUCUUCAGCCGCCGCCGCCGCCUCCACGGGGGUGGCGGCUGAAGGCUGUGGUGAUGGGUGUUACAUGCAACUAAGGAACAGACGCCUGGAGAAGCCUGCACCCCCUGAAUCGAGAAGACAGAAAUACCCUCCCCUGGAGAAGGAGCCUAAUUCAAACAAGGCUAGAGUGGGUCCCAACAGCGUGGAAAAUUCUGGGAAAGAAAAAGAAAAGGAAAAAAAAUUGGAGGAAAAACAGGAUGAAAACUCGGUGGAGGCUUCAUUUGGAGAAAAUGUACUGGAAUUUGAAGGCAAAGAAAGGACCACUAGGGAAAGCACGCCUUGCAGCUUGAUUAGGGACUCAGGUUCCAUCAAAACUCCUGGUUCAAGUAACAGGCCUACUGCUGGAAAUGAUGCCGACAGCAGAAUGCAAAACCCAAUGUCAAGAGACAUCCUGACUGCAAAUGAAAUGAACGAGUUUUUUUCCUGUGCAGAAAAUGAUCAGCAUAAGCAAUUUAUUGAGAAGUACAACUUUGAUCCAUUGACUGAGACGCCCCUCCCGGGACGUUAUGAAUGGGUGAAACUCAAACCUUAGAUUUGCUUUUGCAAGACUUCUGCAGUUUCUUGUUUAAUACUGGGAAAGAUGAUGGAAAAAUCAUAGGAAACUUGCAGGUUUAAAAUUAAAUGGUUACUUGUAAAAACAGUAGGUGAACCAGUUUAGACUGUAGACUAAUGAUCUGUAUCAUAACAGAGCUUUAACUUACUAUAUACUAACAGAUCAUCAGAAACAGAAGGAAAGGGAAAGUAGUGUCAUGGUGUUCAUGGUCCUCUAAUGUACUAAUUCAUUGUCUAUAUUUGUACCUAUGGAACCUCAUUGACAAAACUCCGAAUAAAUUGACCAUAUUUUCCCUUUCAUUUUUUU